AUGCCUCCGGGCCGCCUGAUCUCCUUCCCGAACGCCUUCCAGCCCCAAAUGGGCCCAUUACAGCUUCGGGACAAGACCAAGCCCGGCCACUGUCGCUUCCUCACUUUGUCUCUCGUCGAUCCGACCUACCGGUUUUGCUCUACGCGGAACGUUCCACCCCAGCAAACUGAUUGGAUCAAAGGCAAUGGCGCUGGUGCUGAGUCUGCGACGCAAAUGGAUAUAGGGGAGGCCCUCGAGCUAAGAAAGGAAUUGGUCAAGGAACACGUUAAGGAUGAGGCUAUCUUUCUGCUUAGUUCAACUAUCUCGUUUUCUGGGUUUUCGUGA